AUGGGAUCUGAAAUGGACACCUUCGCGGCCCGUUUGGCCAGCUUCGACACAGUGCUUAAGCCCGAGAAGCGGAGAUCCUCGACAACCAAGGGUUCUAAAGUCAUAGGGUGGCCUCACAAGAGACCGUCGCCUGCUGAGUUGGCACACGCAGGCUUCUACUACAAACCAUACGAGACGAACCCGGACAACACAACAUGUUUUCAGUGCAGUCGAGCACUAGAUGGCUGGGAAGAGGAUGAUAAUCCCAUUAUAGAGCAUCUUAAGCAUUCGCCAGACUGUGCUUGGGCUAUCAUGAUGGACAUUCAGCAACAAAGUUCCAACCCCACUAUGAUCGAAGAUCCAACCGGUGAACGGAUCACCCAGGCGCGGAUGGGGACUUUUGGAGACGCCUGGCCUCAUGAUGGCAAGCGUGGCUGGAUGGUUGCAGGCGGAUGGUUUUUCUGCCCUAAUGAAGAGAGCACGGAUCUGGCUAGCUGUGCAUACUGUAAACUGUCAUUGGAUGGCUGGGAGCCGAAAGAUGACCCUUUUGAUGAGCACUAUCGCCGAUCCUCAGAUUGCUCUUUCUUCGUGUUUGCACAGCCUCCGGGAAAGAAGGGCAAGGGCGCCAAAUCGAAAAAAAUCUCGCACUUCCAAAGCAUCCUCUCGACUAUCGACCCAGCUACAGUCAAGCCCAAAGCUUCGAAAAAGGGAACCAAAGGCAAAGGAAAGAGCGCAAAAAACAAGAAGGAAGAUGCUGGUGUAGAGAGCCAAAUGGAUGUCGACGUGACCGAGCCUGCUCAGUUGGAACCAGAGCCGGAGUCUUCUAAACCCAAACGCUCGGGCAGGGGGAAAAAGAGAGCUAGCGAGGAUAUCAACGAUGAUGAACUGGAACAAGUCAUUCCAGUAGAGCCCGAAGAGCCGAUCGCGGAACCACCAACCAAACGUCGAGCCACUCGCACAAGAGCCAGCAGUAUUUCGCAAUCCAAUAACUACGAAACGCAGGACUACGUGAUGCCUGAUGCAGCUCCGGUGGAUGAGGAGCCUCAGGAGGAGCAGCCCAAAAAGAGCCGUAAGGGUCCGAAAAAAGGCUCUGCUUCCAAGAGCCGCAAGGCCUCAGAUGUAUCUGUUGCAUCCAAGACCACAUCGCAAGCACACAUUCCCCGUGACUCAGAGCUGGAUGCAGCCAUUGAGGCAGGUCUUGAGGCAGAUGCACCUGAGGUAGCGGACGCCGAGCCGGAAGCCGAGCCCGAAAAGCCGCGCACAUCGAAGAAGAGCAAGAGCAGCAAGAAGUCUAAGGCAGUUCCUAAGUCUGCUGAACCGUCCCAACUAGCUGAAGAUUAUGUGGAUGAGCUCAAAGAGGAACCUGAACUCACGGCCGAGACAGCAUUCGUGGACGCGGAGGAGGUAGAGGCGCCAGCGUCCAAGACAAAGUCGGGCAAGACUAAGAAGAAGGGAUCCAAGAAAAGCAAAAAACAAGAAAGUGUUGAGGAGGAGCCAGCACCAAGCGGGCGUUCAGAGCCCUCAGAGCGUUCAGAGCAGCCCAAGCCCAAUACCCAUGACAGAGAUGACCACAGACAGCGUGAAUCUUUUGUCUCGGUAGAGAUCAUCAACCGACAGUCGACACCUCGAUUAGACUCCGAGGUCGAAUCAACCGAGAAAGCCACGAAAAAGAAGGCCUCGAAGAAGGAAGAGAAGCCAAAAAGGUCAAAGAAGACAAAGAAGGCGGUUGCACAAUCACCCCCUUCUGCUGCUAUCCCGCAGCCGGUCGGUGAACAAAUUGGUUAUGAAUUGCCAGCUGGAGAGGAUGAAGAAUACGAAACUCCAGAUGAUUUUCCUGAUCAGAUUGAGAUGGUCGAACCCCAACAUGCACCUUCACCCGAGCCGCAGCACACAAAUGAACGAACACCAGUUCCACCAAAGACGGCGAAACGAUUCAGUGAUAUUCCACAGGAGGAACACCUGGCUCACUCUUUUACUGAAUCUCAACAUUCUCAGAGCAAAGAACGUCGUACAUCUCAACAAGCUCCUCAAUCCUCUGACAGAGCAAUUUCGCCUCUUCCAGCGGCUCACCAGACUACUCCAUCACUUUCACCUCAGUCAUCUGAUGCCGAAAAUCACCCACCGUCAUCUCGACCUUCUGUGACUCGGCCACCGGCUAUUGUUACACCAUCCAAGGAGCUGAAAGCCCGAGCUCCACCGGCGACAAGUACCCCAUCGCCGUCCAAGCGAAAUCUAAACGCAGGUUUCCCAGGUUUGGGCCAGCCAUGGACUCCGGUUGAUAUCGAUGAAGUACUGUUUGGGGAAGCUAGCGACAAGGAGAAUGCCGACAUCGCUGGGCUUCUCCGCGGUGCCAAGGCAGGACUGACUAGUCCGGAGAAGAAGAUGACCGUAGAGGAGUGGAUUAUGUGGAAUGCAAAGAAUGGCGAAGAGCGGCUGAAACGAGAGUGCGAGCGGCUUGUCAGCCAGUUUGAGAGGGAGGGAGACCGGGCUAUGCGCCGACUCGAGGCUAUUGGGUGCAUCGAGUGA